UGUCACAGUUGUCUCAGUGCGCGCGAUGGAACCGCUUCUGCUGCUGCUGCUGUUGGCACACAGGAUAGAAAGGAGUCUAGAAAGUCCAGGGCCAGAGUUUCGGGUGUUCUGGAAUGUGCCCACAUUCAUGUGUCACCGCUAUGGUAUGGACUUCAGCGACGUCUCUAGCCGCUGGAGCAUAGUGCAGAACUCUGGAGAUAUAUUCCGGGGGGAGCGUAUGGUGAUCCUGUAUGAUCCAGGCGAGUUUCCAGCACUGCUACAUGAUAAGCAUGGCAACCUUCUGUACCGGAAUGGGGGUGUACCCCAGGAGGGUGACCUGGGGCGACACCUCAGUAAGCUGAGGACCCAGGUGGAUGAGCUGGUGCCUGACCAUAACUUCCAGGGUUUAGGAGUGAUUGAUUUUGAGGCGUGGCGUCCCAUCUGGAGGCAGAAUUGGGCAUCUCUGCUGCCAUACCGUGACGUGUCUCGAAAGAUUGAGAAGCAGCGCCAUCCAUUUUGGUGGACACCUCAGAAAAUUGAAGCAGAGGCUACACGCCGCUUUGAGAAGGCCGCGCGUGAUUUCAUGUUGUCAACGCUUGAGCUCCUGAAACAGAUGCGCCCUAGUGGUCAGUGGGGAUACUACGCAUUCCCUUAUUGCUUCAACUAUACCCCAAAGAACAUGCAGCCAAGCUGUCCAGUGCAGGUUCAGCGUGAGAACAAUGGGAUCCAGUGGCUGUUUGAUAGCAGUGCAGUUGUGUUUCCAUCCUUGUAUCUGUCCAAACUGCACAUGUCACCUGAACAGCACGCCCAGUUUGCGAUUGGCCGCAUGAAUGAGGCAGUACGCAUUGCCCAGAAUGUGCCGCGUCUUGUCAAGCCAACUGUGAAUGCUUACAUCCGGUACCGGUACCAUGAUGCAGAUGAGUUCCUGUCCCGGGAGGACUUGCGAAACUCUCUAGCCAUCGUACAUCGGUUUCAUGCUGGGGGCGUAGUGCUGUGGGGCAGCGCAAAUGAUACAAAUUCACGGGAGAGGUGCAGUGCCCUUGAGAACUACCUCAAUUCUGUGCUGGGUCCCACAAUAAAGGAGCUGUCCACCAUGCAUGAUGAGUUAAUGGAGGUACCAGACAGAGAAAAGCCUCUGUCCCCACAGGAGUUUUGUGACUACGAUGAUGAGACAGAGGUGGAGUUGGAUGAGAUUACAGUCAGUCAAGAGAUCGUAGAGGUGGAGCUGGACCCAUCCACGCUGCUAUAUGUUAAUAACUCAAAGUCCAGUAAUACCAACACAAGGCAACAAAGCCCUGCCCCCUGUCAGACUGCAGUCACCAAAGAGAAGCCUGUCACUGACCUAACUGCCCUGAAGAAGGCAAGAAUUAAGUCCAGGAGUGAGUCAGGUCCCCUCGAGCACCAAGAUGAAGAUGAAGAUGGUGAUAGUGGUGGUAAUGAAAGCCAUGAUGAGAAUGACAGUGAUAAUGUUCCUAGUGACAGUGAAAGCAGAAAGCGGGAUUCCCAUCCCUGUGAUGUGUGUGGUAUGGCAUUUCGGGAACGGAGUCACUUGGCCACCCACAAACGCAAGCAUAUGACUGAGAGACGGUUCAAGUGUAAUGAGUGCGGUUCUUGUUUCAAGACAAAGUCCAGUUUGCAUUUCCACAUGAAGCGGCACUCAGAGGCACCGUUCGUCUGUGAGCCAUGCAACAAAGUAUACCCUGAACGUAAACAGCUGAUGCGUCACAUCCGGGUCGUUCACACGUCUUUAAAUCGAUAUCCGUGCGAUCAGUGUGAUAAGGCAUUUAAAACACGACAGAAACAUGACCUGCACUACACAUUGCACACGGGAGAGAAACCAUUUGUAUGUGACCUCUGCCAGAAAGCGUUUGUAUACAAGAGUACAUUUGUGCAACACAUGAAUUCUCAUGCUGCAAAUAAAGAGUUUAAAUGUGACAAAUGCCCGAAAGAAUAUGCCAUAUGUGCAGAAUUUAAGCGCCAUUAUGCGAACCACGCGGAUUUUCGGCCUUUCAAGUGCACCGUGUGCGGUAAGUCCUUCCCCCUGAAGGGGACACUCAAGAACCACAUGAAAAUUCAUGCUCCAGAAAAGCCAUACAAAUGCAACAAGUGUGAAAAGAGCUUCAUGAAGAAACAGUCGCUGGACUGCCAUUUGAUGCUCCACAAUGGGCAGAGCCCCCAGUUCAUGUGUGACCAGUGCUCUCAGUCUUACUACAAUCUGUUUGCACUGAAGCGACACUAUCUGAAGCACACGGGCGAACGACGCUUCCGCUGCGAGGUCUGCCACAAGGCCUUCUGGAUGAAGGACGCACUGAAAGUGCACGUGCGGACUCAUAGUAAUGUCAAGAUGUUUCCCUGCCAAGAGUGCCACAAAGCCUUUGCUCACAAACACACCCUGGACUCGCAUAUGAAGAUCCACGCUGGUGUGGCCUCCCACAUGUGCCACUUCUGCCACAAGACAUUCAUCCACAAAGCGAAUCUCACGCGCCACAUCAGACUGCACGAGACAAAUCAGAUCACCACCCAUGGUGUUGCAAGGCUGUUGGCUGUCAUGUGCUGCUGCCUGGUAGCACGGUCUGUAACUGCACACAGGGAACAUAAGGUGCACAACAUCGUGCUUUACCCUGACAAGCAUUCGUGGUGCAAUACCACCCCCAUCAAGCAGGUGGUGGCCUUCCCAGGAUGCAACUCUGUCGAGAUAGACAACAAUGUGUGUGUAGGGGCGUGCUUCAGUUACAGCAUCCCUCGCACUGCUCCCAGUGCCCCUGGCGAGCUCAUCAAGCCCUACUGUGACUCUUGCCAGCCCUCCACUGUCACCUGGCACCACGUGACCCUUAACUGCACGGGCGAAGAUCCAGAGAGCCUCCAGAAACGGGUCCAGAUCAUAAGGAACUGCAGUUGCAGCACGUGCGACGCGGGAGACGACGUCGGAGCGAUGUCGCCCCUGUCAGCGUCGGGGGACGGAGAGGUAGGAACGGACCACAAGGCAUCGCUUCCUGACGUGGGGGAUCUCAUCGACUUUAUGCUGAAGACGCAGAACAAGGGUCCUGCCGCAGGCCCCACUGGUGGGGAGAGUGGUGAGGGCGACACUGUGAUGAAUGAGCGUCUGCUGCUGCUGCUGCAGACGCUGGGCGAAGGCGGCCAGUUGGACGAGACGGUGCUGCGCGAGCUGCUGCGGCAGGCAGACCACAAGCUGAACGCCGCGACGCUCGAAGACCGCGACCACAUCAAGGUGAACCUGGAGCGCCUCAGACAUGAACUGAUGCACCACCACCAGCAUCAGCAGGAUCCGACCCUCAGCGUGGCACCGCACCACUUUAAGCCGGCUCUCGGUGGCUCAGAGCUCAGCUACCAUGACAACUUGGUGCAGACUGAGGAGAAGGAAGAGGAGUUCUGAGAGAUUCCCGGACAGCUGAAUGUGGGGUGACGACGUCUGUCACGGCUUUUUGGCACGUUUCUUGUUGUCAGUCGCUUCUUGCAACUUCGUACAGGAUUUGCAGUACACAUCUGACUGCAAUCUGUAACUUUUAAUUCGACUUUGACUGAAAGAUCCACAUUCGGAAGCUGUGUGUUCCAGGCUCUACACUAACAUGAAGAAAAGCUUCUCUUCCUGGAAGUUCUAAGCACUAAAAUAAAAUGGCACAUUUGUGUUUCAGUCCCGUCACUUUGAUCUUGCUGUGCGUGUGACAUUUUAAAUUUUCACAAUACUGACACAGAAGGCAGUGCUGCGCACCUCAUAUAGACGCUGCAGGGUACGUAAUGUCUGUAAGACGUGCGUGUAUUUUAACGUAACUAAUAUUACUAACACGGGCUACAAAGUAGCGACGCCAAAUGUCUGCGCUGUGUAACUCAUUUGCAUAAGCCUGAAGCUAAAGAGCAUGACGUACUGAGGAUGCAACAUCUGUUCUGUCUGUUGAUGAAUGCUUUAUCUCGAGAGGCUGUGUUUUACUGUCACUGCAAUAUUGUAUCUAUAGUCAGAUAUGUUAAUGAUGUUGGAUUUUAAAAGAAUUUAUUAAUAUAUUUGUAUGUAUAAAAUCAA